AUGGCGCUGAUCAAUGUGCGGUUCAUCUCUGGGGAGAGCCUGGGGAAGUUCCGUCUGGAGCCUUCCGACUCUGUGGAGACCUUGAGGGCUCUGGGGGAGUCUAAGCUGGCGCUGGACCAGUGCAUCCAGUCUUUGCUCCUGAAGGAGGAAGUGGUCACCGGUCGCCUGGAGGCGCUGAAUCUGGAGGAGGAGCCGGUCUUUGUGGCUGUGUUGGGGGAGCGACGGCCCGAGACUUACCUGGUGCACGACAAUGGGGGUCGGCCCUUCAAGGUGAAGGUCCUGCGAAAGGGCGAGGCAGCACCUGGCAAAGUCUGGGUGUACAUGUUAAAAUCCAGCGAGGAGGAGCUGAAGUAUGAGGACUCCCCCAUCUUGGAGGAAACGGUGGAGAGGAUUUUCGUGGGCACCAGCCCGAAGCAUGGGAAGGUGUUCGAUGGAAACUCCCUGCUCCUCAAGAAGUCGAAGAACCAGUACAUCUUUGUGGGGGGCAACAUUUUCUCCUUUGAGUCUGAGGCAGAGAUAUCCCGCUACUCUUCCCCAGUAGGCAACAGCGAUGUGCCCUACCCCUUUGCGGUGGAUACUGAGGGCAGAAACUACCUGCUGAUAAACAACGUUGUUCUGAACACAGUGCCAGAAGGCAAGGAUCCGUACGAGCACUUCUACUUCAGCGUCAGGUGCCAAAAGAUCGACUGGCAGCUGCAGUGGAAGGAUCGUGCCAUGAGUUUCCCCACAGAUGCUGCGGAGACGUACCAUCGCUUCAGCACCAUUGAGGCCGAGGCCUGCUUCUCUGUGCGGAAGGGCGACUCGGUGGAGGAGAUCCAGACAGAGGCGCGCUUUGCGGAGGUGGUCCAGCAGUGGGCCCGCGAACUGGGCGUGGCCUUUCUGAAGGAGAAAGCGGAAUUGGUGGAGGGGUGCGAGCCCAGAGCGCGAUUGGGUGGCGGCCGCCUCCUGCGGCUCGCUGGGCUUGGCAUCCAGACACGAAACCAAAUCGCCAUUCCUGCCGCGAUGCGGCGAGUUCUGCCGUUGGAUGCUGUUGUGUCGCAGGAUGCAAGUUUGACUGGCUUCCGAAGUGAGUCCGACAGCGAAGUGUUCGGACCCUCGCUCCUGGACGUUCGCCGCUUUCCGGGAUCGCCGGUUGUUCUGGUGAACGCCUGGUUCGUUGGUUUGCAGCAGAAGCUUGGGUUCCUGAAGCCGGAGGGGGGGAAGUGCACGGCAACCAUUGGCAUUGGGCUCUGUCGGAUCAACGCCGUCUCCGCCCUGCGUGCGGCGCCAGGUGCGGCUGUCCUGUGCCGUGCCCCGGGAGCGAUGGACGUGAAGGCAACUUUGAGCCCAAUGCUCCCGACCAUGGGCCUAGGCGCUCCCAUCUCCAAGCGCCAUGCGGGAGUGUCUGUGCUGGGCUGCGCCAUUGCCAUGGUGGCCGUGGGAGGCUGUGCGCAGGGCAUCGGCCAGCUCUUUGCGGCGCUGGUGGUGGGCAUGGCAAGGAACCCAUCCAUGAAGGAGGACCUCUUCACGUACACGCUGAUCGGGAUGGGUUUCUUGGAGUUCUUGGCCAUUGUGGUCAUCCUCAUCGCAGGCCUCUUGCUGUACUCUGAGUGA